CAUUUUGACAUUUCGCCCAUUGCUAUCGAAAAGUACGUGCCGUGUCAUCGAAUCGUAAUUACACGUCGUAUUUUUGGUACAAUAUUACCUAUAACUGAGUAGUGUAGCGUUGGCAUCUUUUAUUAAAUACAAUCGUAAUAAUAUCGCUUGAAUCAUGUCGUCCACUGAAGAAACUUCCCAACUUAAGGCUGGCCAUCCCCCGGCAGUCAAAGCCGGAGGCAUGAGAAUUACCCAGCACAAGAGUCCACAUAGCAAGGACAGCAGCAAGGAGCCAGCCAACGAGGACCUGACCGGUCUAUCCGGCCCUUCACCCGUGCCUUCUAACCCAGUCUCCAUCUCCGGAGCACCGAAUAGAGGUAAUGCGGACUUCACACCAGAAGCCGCACAAGUGGCUCACAGUCCUAAGCCACCAGUGCACGUCAAUUUUAAACCGCAAACAAAUAUCCAACAGCCCCGAAAAUAGAUCAUAUCGUUAAAAGUAUUAAGGUUAGAUAGAUCCGCAGGUAACGGAGAUAUUCAAUGUUUAAUAUAACGCAAUAAUUUUCAAUCACUACUUGAUUACUGCCUUAGAUUUUAAACGGAAUAGUACAGUUAUUAAAUAUUGACAAUAUAAAACGCAUGUUGUUUAAAAAAAAUAGAUAAAAUAAAUUUGUUAAAAUGUUAAUGUGAAUUGUUUACAAAUUAAAAUAUUCUGCCUCGUUUAAUUAACUAAUUUUCAAGUGAUUUCAUAUUGAUAAAUGUAUGUUAUGCAAUAAGAAUAUUUCUGUUUGUUUAUCUAUCUGCCUUGAUAACUUUAUCAAACUGUUUACAUUAGGUACUGGACAUUUCGGUGUAGAUGCAGACACUACUGUAGUGAUAAAUAAAUAUAUCGUCACCUUGAUAAUAUUGGUAGCCUAAUUUGGUAGCAGCUACUCUUGGUUACUUAGUAACGACAAAAAUAUACACACACAAAAAAUAUUUUAAUCGGGAUUGACUUUAAGCUUUCUCUAAAAACAUAGAUCUAUUUCGUCAUAGCUAAACAACUGUUCAAACAUAAACAUUCCAUUUCAAAAUUAUUUCUAUUCAUUUUGUUCAAAUACCUAAUGUAAACAAAACUAAACAUAUGGUUCUAACUUCGCGCCAUUCCGACUCAAAACAACAUAUUAAAAGUAUUGCCAGCAUCAAAAUAUCAUAUCAUUGAAUGUUGCCAAGUUAUAACCAUAUAAACCUUAGUGAUUAGAUUGAUUGAAGAAAUAUUUUGUAUUAAAAAAAAAACAUGUUAUUGAUGAGAAAAAAUCUUGUGAUUAUACCAAUCUAAUUGCUAAGGAAAUAAUAACUGGACUUCUAAGAUUAAAAUCAUUAUAGCUAAUAAAUGCGUAUUAUAAUUAUAAAAUAGUUUUAAUGCAUUUAUUGACUGACUGGUUUUCUGUCUAGAAAUUAUUUACACUGAAAACGAUACAAUUUUAAAAAUAAUACAACUUUAUUGACAUUUUAUUUGAUUACGAAAUAUUUUGUGGUGCCACGUUUUGAUUAAGCAAAUUAUUAUGUUAUUAGCUGUAACUCAUGAAUAUGAGCUUCUAGCAUGGCUUGAAACUAGUCGAGUUCCUCGUCAAACAGUUAUGUGAGUAAGCUGAUAACAUAAUAAUUAGUUUAGUAUGUCUCACGAAAGUUAUAAUAAAACAAAUUAUGUUUGAAGAUCCAUGACAAUGGCAGAAUAGUUAACUACUAAAUAGUGGAGACUCACUUGCUAUCAGCAAAAAGAAAUUCCUUCACAUAUUUAAUAUCCUUGUGUCUAUCGGAUCUACUACUACUAGUUUAACAUUUCUUUUACAACUUUAUACCUAAAAAACUGUUUCUCUAAUAAUCAUAAGAUUGAUUUUACUACCACCAAUAUAUUUCUGUCAAUUUUCAAACAUAGUUUGCUCAUCCAUAUCAAUUGAUGUUAAUUAAUGUUGUAUAAAAGUAAUAUUCCUCGUAAUUUGACUGUUUUAAAGUGUGUUACUGUACUUAGAUAUGUGGUUGGUGGUCAUACUACACAUUCAUUUGCACUAAAAGAUAAUAAAACUACAUUGUUCCUCAUUUGUUGAUAAUGUGUGUCAAAAUGUGGUUUUAUGAAUUGAGCAACAGAUUAUAUUGGCUUUUUUAUUUUAUUUUAUUAAGUUUCGAUAAAUAGUAUUUCAAAUGACUGAUAUAGUAAAAUUACAGUCACUUGUAGAAUAACAGUGAUUUAAGUACAUUUAAAAAUAUUACUUCUAUAAGUAUGAACACCAACCAUUGAAUUAGAAAUUAGAAUAUAAAAAAGUGUAUAAUGUGCGGAAUAAUAUUAUAUAUAAUUAUAUAUAACUAGUUAGUUCAGUAUAAAGAUAACCAGUGUUGAAUAUAAUAAAAUAUUUAAUGAUAUAUGGUCCAUUACAGUUUGCACAAAUAUGUUUUAAAGCUUUUCUCUAAGACUGCUUAUUUCUUUUGCUUUAUUUCGAUUAUAUUUUUCAAAAUUUUAUUCUAUUUUUGCUCGCUAAAGUUUUUAAAAUUAUUUAUUAAGUUGGUUUUAUAACCCUGGCGAUACAGGGAUUAAAAAAUUACGGAAUUUAUUUUUGGUUGUUAUAAAAUUUGAAAAUAUUUUGAUUGAUUAAGUUUUUAUGAGAAAUUUUUACUGAAGCAAUAAUGAAAAUAGUUAUUAGUAGUUUUAAGUCAGAUUUUUUAUUUAUAUGCCUAGGUUGAAUGUCAGACUUUGCAAGAUAGUAUUCGAUACAAUAUUACUGUAUGUCCUUCAAAAGAGAAAAUGAGACUAAAUAACAUAAUGUGUGUCAAUACUAAGUUGGACAGUUAAUAGUUUACCAGCUUUCCUGUAGCCAAAUGCCAUUAAGCGCUUUUCUACAAAUAGAGUAGAAAACUAAAUUAUAUGGGAUUGACGUAAAUUUUGACACUUGUUAGUGUCAUCCCCAUACAUUGAGUUUUCUACUUUCUCUAGACACUGUUUACUUAGGAAUUUCUGCUAUUGACACCUGCACUCUGGCAGUUUUGGCUGUGCGUUGCCUGUCAAUCACACAGUCACUAGUAAUGAAAGAAUUUCAUACAUACAGGGUGACUUUGAAUUCGACGUAUUCCUCUCGGGAGGUGAUAGUACAACUAAUUUCCUACAAAAAUUGCCCUGAGGUCCUUGGGCGGAAAGUGGCUAGUUUCUGAGAUAUUCAACAUUUUUGGUUUUGGUAAAAAAAUCCCGAAUUGAUUACAAAAACAUCAAUAAAUAAAAAAAUACUGGUUGGAUUUUAGUAAUUUUAGUUUUAAUCAGUUGCCAAUACAUCAGUUAUCAUUUAUAAAUAGUAAUAAUGGCAGAAAUAUUAUUCGUUUUAAAAUAGCAAGUAAUUUCUUAUCAAAUUUUGUUUUGUGUCACUAAUUUGGUCAAUGGAAAAGUGGAUGUAUUUCAAAAAAAUAUAUGACACUAAGCGUACAAACUAUUAGAAAAACUUCCUUGGUUUAUUAGCUACCCAGAAACGUAAAAUUAUUUUCCAAAUUCUCAAAAACAAAUGAAUUAAUUGAUGAUAAGUAGAGUGUAAAGAGAAAAGGGCAAUUUCAAAAACAUCUUUAUUUGCAAAAUUUUAUUCAAAGUGACUUCAUCUGUGACGAAUACAUGCCCGAACACGCUUCCUUAUCUCAAUGACGGUCACUCUUGGACUGAAUAUGCGUCUUAUUUCGUCAUUAUCUUCAAAUAUGUUUCGGCGAAGAAUUUCGAUACACGACCAAUUCCGUCUGUAUAAACAAGGGAUUUCAUGUAAAAAUCACCCGGCGUUAGGUUCUGGUCAUUGUGCAUGCUAUGUAGUUGAACCGCCCUACUAAUCUAAUGCCUGAGAAUCAAUGAAUCCGACCAUUGCCGUACAGUAGUUCGAUAAUGCACUUGACAAUCGUCGUGUGGAAUAAAUUCGUCAAUCAAAUUAAUAAAUUAAUUCAAUAAUUAGAAUAAGUUAAUUCAUCUUGUUUCUAAAUUCAAAUUUAAAACAAUGACCCUAGCUCAUUCCUUAAAGUUCUUCAUAAUUCUCACCAUUAAAAUUGUUGGAUGAAAAGUAGGGUCCAAUCAAAUAAUUAUUUAUGAUACCCAUGGAAACAUUUGAAUUAAAACCGUAUGCGCGAACGAUGUUAUGCUUUUUUUGGAUUUCGUUGACUUUUUUGUGGCUAAUAAUGAAUAUUGUGAUAGUUUAUCCAGCGCACUAUCGAACUCCAGUGGGGCAAUGGUUGGAUGAUUUGGUUCUCAGGCGUUAUAUUGGCACGGGGGUCCAAUUACAUGGUAAGCGCGGUGUCCAGAAUCUAAUGCUGGUUGAUUUUUACACGAAGUCCCUUGUUUAUGCAGAGGGAAUUGGCCGUGCAUUGAAAUUCUUCUCCGAAACAUAUUUGAACAUAAUGACGAAAUAAGACGCAUAUUCAGCCCAAGAGUGAACGUCAUAGAGAUAAGGAAGUGUGUUCAGGCAUGUAUUCGUCGUAGGAGAGAUCACUUUGAACAAAAUUUUGCAAAUUAAGAUGUUUUUGAAUUUGCCCUUUUCUCUUUAACUUAUCAUCAAUUAAUUCAUUUGUUUUUGAGAAUUUGGAAAAUAAUUUUACGUUUCUGGGUAGCUAAUAAACCAAGGAAGUUUUUCUAAUAGUUUGUACGCUUAGUGUCAUAUAUUUUUUUUGAAAUACAUCCAGUUUUCCAUUGACCAAAUUAGUGACACAAAACAAAAUUUGAUAAGAAAUUACUUGCUAUUUUAAAACGAAUGAUAUUUCUGCCAUUAUUACUAUUUAUAAAUGAUAACUGAUGUAUUGACAACUGAUUAAAACUAAAAUUACUAAAAUCCAACCAGUAUUUUUUUAUUUAUUGAUGUUUUUGUAAUCAAUUCGGGAUUUUUUUACCAAAACCAAAAAUGUUGAAUAUCUCAGAAACUAGCCACUUUCCGCCCAAGGACCUCAGGGCUAUUUUUGUAGGAAAUUAGUUGUACUAUCACCUCCCGAGAGGAAUACGUCGAAUUCAAAGUCACCCUGUAUAUUUUUUUCAUUCCUGUCUUUGACACUACCUAGGCAUAUAAAUUAAUCUAUCUAGAUAAUUAUUAGUGUUAGUUCCAGUGCAGUUUUGAUUUUAUUUGGUGCUAAGCCACUAAAUUACAUAAUAAAUUAAAGCAUUUUGUUCACAUUCCUAAAAUUAUACAUAGUACCUAAGUUUAUGAUUGCAAUGCAGAUGAAAAUACAAAAAAAAAUGUCUUAAUUAUAUUUUUUUCCUAAUUUUGUUUAGUAAUUGGUCUUACUUUGUGUUUGUUUGGCCAAGCUUAAGUUCAAGAAACGAUUUCUUUUAUAUUUUUAUUAUUAGUUUUAAAAUAAAUUGGUUUAAAAACCA